AUGAUCAUAAGGUCUAAAAUUGAGACAGCCCCUUCAAGGGUUGAUAUGAAUAAAAUUAAAUAAGUUCUUUUUGAUUUGCAGUUGUUGAAAUUUCUAGAAAGGUUAAGGUAGAAAAAUUUGAAGCUAAAAUUAAAAUGGUUGCUUCAAAGAUAUCUUUUUCAUUUUUAUUAGAAAAAGCCAAUUCAAUGGAAUUAAGUCAGUUGUCUAUAAAUUUUAAUGAGUUUCUGUUAAAAGUAAUUGAAGAGUUUCCAGAAAGAAUUAUGAGUACAAAAGCUACCUUUUGCAUAUUACCUUUGACUGAAUUAAAAAAUAUUAAUAUCGCUGAAGAAGACUUUAAAUUUAUGUUAUCAAAGUAAAAAGGAAUAAUACAAUUCCUCAUAUUUCAAUAAAGUUUAAAUGAAAAACAAAUAAAAUAAGUAGGAAAAGAUUUAGAGUUGUUUGAAGAAUUAUUCAUUAAAGAAUCUCUUUCCUAAUUUUCUAAAUAGAAAAUUGAGGAAAUUUGUUGA